AUGUCUUCGGAGGUCGAGAAGGCACAAAAAGCUGGAGACACCGCGGAACCCACUAUAUUUACCAAAAUAAUCAAUCGCGAAAUACCAGCAAAUAUUAUUUAUGAAGAUGAUUCCUGUUUGGCGUUCAAAGAUAUAUCACCCCAAGCUCCGGUUCACUUCCUUGUUAUACCCAAGCGGCGGAUUUCGAUGCUGGACUCUGCACAGUCUGGAGACGAGCAGCUACUGGGCCAUAUGAUGAUGGUGUGUAGCAAAGUGGCUCUUCAGCAAGGUUUGAGCAAUGGCUACCGUGUGGUAGUGAAUAAUGGGCGCGAUGGAUGUCAGUCUGUCUUCCAUCUUCAUCUACACGUUCUUGGAGGUAGACAAUUGGGCUGGCCUCCGGGUUAG